AUGUUCGCGAUAAUGCCGAUGGAGACAGAGGGGCACGGCAGGGAGUUCGGCCGCCGGCAGAAGAUGCGCGCCAAGUGCACGGUAGAGUUCGUCUGCAAGUACUGCCAGCGGCGCUUCACGAAGCCCUACAACCUCAUGAUCCACGAGCGCAGCCAUAAGGACGAUGUGACCUUCACCUGUGAGGUCUGCGGAAAGUCCUUCAAGCGGCAGGACAACCUCAAGCAGCACAGGAGCAUACACUCUGUUCCCUACAAGGGCUCCAACGGCUACUCAAAUGGCUAUUCGAAUGGCUACUCUAGGUACUAGAAGCCAUCCAGCCAACUUAUUAUCCUAAACUUCCCUCGUAGACGCGCGUUUCUCUUUGUUCACUGAAUAGGCUAGUUUAUUGACAAGCGGUUCGACGAGGUUUUCUUUGGAAUUUCGAUGGAACCGUUUGCGGUGUACGUAUAUAUACGUAUAUACACGAGUGCAUGAAAACGUUUCCAAGAAAAUGAUUUUAACUAGGGACGAGAAUUCGAGAACAUUUGACCAACCUCAAUGUCCCAUUUCUAAAUUUUAACUCGACGAUGAUUAUUGGAAUUUUGUUGAUGCAAACGUGCGAAGGAGAAUGUAACGAAAAUGACAAGAAAAAAUUAGAUAGAGAUAGAGAUUUUCUUAAUCAGAAACUUUAUAUAUCUGUUCUUUCGAGAAAAGAAUGGUAAAUUAAAGUAGGUUUUCAAUUUUUGUUUGAAAAAAAUAUAUAAGUUGCAAUAUCGUUGGAAUUGUUACAAAAAUUUUCAAUUGUGAAGAUAUCUAAGAAUAAGUUAUUCCUCGCACUAUUAAAAUAUUUAUAAUUAGCGAUUUGUAUAUUCCAUAAUUGCUCAAAUGCUGAAUAGUUAACGACUAAUAAAAAUUUUUUAAAAUUAAUAGGAUAAUAGUUUCAAAAGUAAUUUUUAUAAUAAUUGUAAAGUUAUUAUUACUUACCAAGAGCGCUAUUAAAUUACGUAGGAUCUAUAGAAAACGGAAAGAAUCGAGUAAAAAUGAAAAGAAAAGAAGAAAGAUUCAAUAUGAUGAGAAUAAAAAUCAACGUCGAAAUUCCGAGAAAUUCUCUUGACCCGGCCACGAGUCUAGUUCUUCUCGAAGUCCGUCUGUCGAUCUUUCCGAAGAUCGGUCGAUUAAUUAAUCAACUCGACAUAGGACGUAAUAGCAUUAGCGAGCCUACUGAGUCGCAAGGGAAACAAUUCCGUGGAUACUGAAUCUCGUCUCCUCGCCUAUUUUAAAAACCUCGCUUCUCUCGCUCCUUCGUUCCCGCUUUUUCGACGAUAUUUUUUUUUUUAUUUUUUAUUUUUUUUUUUUUCGUAUUACAUUAUUUUUUUUUAUUAUUAUUAUUAUUAUUAUUAUUAUUAUUUUCGCUUCUGCCACUUUCCUGUAUUCCAAGCCUAGACACCUAGACGUUAGCCACAGCAAGUCAUUCUCGCGACAUUUCAUCGCGACAAAGACAUCGAGAGACAGAAAACAAACAGAGGAAGAAAUAUCACCACAGUCAGAAUUUCUCCUCCCCUCCCCCUCCCUGCCACCCUCUCGGAGAAAAGGUGAAUUGGUGAUGAUAGAUCAUCAUCCUCUCCUUCGAGAUCGAAUCGACCCAUCAACGAUACCGAAGAAGAUCGGGCAGAAGAAGUUUCACGAGAGGCCUCAGAAACUUUUCAUUAUUAUUUUUCCAAGCAUUCGAAAUUCGAAGAACAACAAACGAACUCGUUUCCACUUCCACACACGGAACUUUAACGGAGCCUCCAACACGUUGGAGAUGACGGCCAAGCAGUUGCACAACAAGAUCGUGAAAAGGCAGGCCAGGGGGAGGAGGAGAGGGGGGAAUCUAACUUCGUUAUCAGCGACACGUUCGAAGGCAGCCAACUAUGCACCCGACCAGUUCCCGUUAUCUCUCUAAAUCUCUACCAGGCCGUGGUUCCUGCUUUCUCUUGCGCCAGCUGUAACAACUUAAUCGUGGAAAGCCGACGUAAUUCAGUUCGAGCAUCCAUGGGAAUAGAGGAACGAGGCCAAGGUCGGAGGAUCACACAACUUUCAUCACAAACUUCCAACAAUAUCCCGAUAUUCUCUCGUUGUCCAACACAGAGAGAACGUAUCUUGACACUUGACUCCAACAAUCCGGAAGUCCGACAUAUAACGAAAGUAUAAAAGAAGGAAAGAAAGGUUAAACGCUAAUUAAUUUUCCCUGUAAAGGAAUCCCUGUCGAGAGCCAUAAAUCCGAUCCAUAAAGCGGCGAGAAACUCGAUUUCAAUAUCAAAGGGGUAUCCGAAUCGGCGAUUUGGCCCGGAAGCGUCUAAUUUGAAUUCUCAGGAUCCUCUGGCGGGGGCCAGGUGCAAACAGGCCGAGAAAGAGAGAGAGGAAAAAGAGGAGGAAAAGGAAAGGAGGAGGAUGGAUCCGUGUCAACGUUGUUACACGGGGACCUCGGGGCUAGAGUCCCAAAUUGGGCCGCGUAAUAACCCGCUUCAAAGAUGCUGCUGAGGACCGGAUGCUACCGUGGGACCACGCCCAGGCCUGGAGCGACUCGUUGUCGGCCCAACCACCUGGCCAUCGGGAUCAGAGAGCGGGCCUCGAUUCCACGCGAUUCACAAGACCCGUGGAGGACGGAGAAGGGAUCCACGGAGGAGCGUACAGGAGAUCGUAUGACGAGGAUUCCUCGAAGGGAAGAGAUUGUCGUCGACGAGGAAGGAUCUCUCUCGUUGGCGUCUUUGGAUCGGCAAUGAAGAGAGCAAACGCGAGCCAAAAUCGGGAGAGAAGAGAGAGAGAGAGAGAGAGAGAUCUAGCUGAGAGAAAGAGAGAGAGAGAGACACGACGACCUUGGAAAUGUGAAACAAGGCGGGUCCACUGACGCAGAUACCAGUCAGCAGGGAUCGGUUUCCAGUGGAUGAACCGUCGACUCUGGAUGUGUCUGUUCGACUUCGCGUGGACACGAGGCCUCGAUCGUUCGAUCAGAACGGCAUGAUCGAUCGGUAUCGACCGUUUCCCAGACUGGACAACCGAUUCACCGUUCCUUCGUCCUCGGAGUACCUCGGCUGCAACUUUGUUGUAGAUGGCAAUGUGGGCACCGUAGUAGUUGGGAAACGUGCAUUGUCUUCGUGACGAGGGAGCGAAUAUCAAUUGCAACGCGUGGCCACGUCUAACCACCGAUUGGAGAUUUUUGUUGGUAAUUUCUCUCUUUUUCUUUUUUUUUUUUUUUUUUUUUUUUUUUUUUUUGUUGACUCGUAACUCGAGUAAUUGGAGGGAGGGUGUUGUGAAACUUUGCGAAGAUUUGUUCUCGAAGGUUUUGUAAAUGUGUCGCUCAAAAUUAGUAGGAGGAGGAAUAGUUGUUGAGAAAUGAAAUGAGAAUGAUGUUUAAAGAUGUAUUUGACUUUGAAUUUCUGUUUCGUGCAAUGAUAGAAUAAUGAGAUGAUAUAUUUGUUUAGUUAAAUACUGAUGCCACGUUGAAACGUUCUCCAAUUAUUUUGAGCCAUACAUCGCCCGAAAUAUAAGAUAGAAUUUUGUUUGUUGUUUCAUAUAGAUAUGCUACGUAAAUUUUUUGAACGGUGAUCUGCUAAUUUUUACAACACAAAAAUUCUUGUAUCGUAUAUUUCGUAAUUUUCAGAUUAUUGCAUUCAAUCUCAAUGCAAUAGUCGAAACAAUUAUUUUUUUUUUUUUCCUCAUCGUCAAAGCGCUCGUUAAAAAUACUGUGUAACUGUGAAGCUUUUUCAUAGAGAAAGCUUCAUUUGUGCUAGAUUUCAAUUUUCCAAAUUAAUUUUUUUCCAUUAUAAAAAUCAUUGGAUAAUCGAUCGACAAAUUUGCGAAACUACAAUUUUACAAUCUCCCCGUAAUUACGUAUUGCGUAAUAUAAAAACAAGUUACAUGGAGAAAUAGCGCGAAUGAGAAGUAAAAAUAAUUGUGUAAAACGACUCUGAUUUUUGCAAGCUGCGACGUCUCGAGGUGUCUCGAGAUCGAUCGAUCGAUCAAACUGUUCGUCAGUUUCGAAAAUCUGUGGCGAUAUGGACGAAAACGUGUGCUUGAAAUUUCUUGAAAAUUUGUAUUCUUCUCGAUCAAAUAUCGCGAGAUCUGCUUUUCCGUGAUAAAAAAGAAGGAAGAGAGUGAAUAAGUUUGGAAGAUAGUAAAGAGGAAGAAAUUGAGACAAAAGUCGCGCUUUGUAAAUAGCUUAAAAUAUUUUAUACAUUAUCGCUGCGUCUUUUAAAAAUUGAUCUAAUCAUUCGAUCGUAUUAUUAUUAUUAUUAUUAUAAUAAUUAUUAUAAUUAUU